GUAAAAGUCAUCAGUAUCUCAUGAUCACCUCAUAAAUAAACAACCAAUGUGCUCGAAAUAAAUAUUUGGUCUUUCGAGGAAAAACAACGGUAAACAAAUUACAACAACUUCAAAUAAAAUUUAACUAUAAAAAACGUGCCAUCACUGCAAAUUGAAUACAACACAUGGGAGAAACGACAAAAUACCAUUUAGUUAAGUUAAAUCAAAAAAAUGGAUACACAUUCGAAAAAAUUGCCUGACGGAUGGAUAAAACGAGAGUCCACAAGCCGUGCGGGUCGUUUUUAUUAUUUCAAUACCAAAACGGGCAAAACACAAUGGGAAAACCCAACAGUUGACAAGGAAAAAAUGGCGUUGCCUCAUAUUGGGACUUCAUCCAAAAGUGAUACACAUACCAAAGGUCAAUUCUCGGUGCCAAAUGCAAUGAAAAUCAGCGAAAAAUCAAAAGACAUUGUCAAAAAGUACAAAUCCAAAACGCCAGCUCAGGAUCGACUCCAACGUAUGGUCACGAAAAGUAAAGAAGCUGCGAAAUUAAUGGCCAACUCGAAAUCCACUUCAACAUCACCAAACAAACGCAAAAAGAUAUCAAUCAGCAAAAGUUUAUUUAUUGUUCCGUCGAGAGAUAAGCAUCAAACAAUGGAUUUUGUUCCGUCUUUUGUGAACAAAGACACCAUUGAAGUCGAUUGCGAACAGGAUGUCCGACAACAUUGUGUUGAUACUCAUAAACAUUCAUCAGAUGAUAUUCCAACAUUGUUCCCACCAAAAACUCCGGCACAGGAUCGAUUGAACAAAUUGCAACCGAAAAAAUUGCCGGCAACAUCAUCUCCGUCUCAGAAAAAUAACGAUUUGUUAUCUGUUAUUUAUAACGGUUUCGGUAUUGAGACUCCAGUUGUGGACAAUUCGGUUGAGCAAAUGGAUUGUGAUGAGAUGAUGGAAUGGGAUGAUGACGAGACGUACAGUUUUGAGCAGCUCGAAAGUAUGGUCAUCGACAUUGUCUCCACUGACUCAGCAUACGUAAUACCUGAUACAAACGUUUUUUUGGAUUCUUUGCAACCCAUCAAACGCAUCAUUGAAAAAGAUCAAUAUAGCGUUCUAAUUCCUUUUGUUGUUCUUCAAGAGUUGGAUCAAAUGAAGCAUAAAACUAAUAAAUUAUUGCGAAUAAAGUCGUCUAAUGCUAUUCGAUACAUUUACAAUAUGCUAAAAAUGAAGAACUAUCGUUUACAAGGUCAAAAAGCAACUGAGGACAACGAUCACAUCAUCGAAGUAAAAAGUCCAGACGAUAAAAUUCUCAAUUGCUGUCUACAAUUGAAAAAUCAAUCAAAAGAGAUUAUUUUGCUCACAAACGAUAUAAAUCUCAGCAAUAAAGCGCUUGUUAACGGCAUUGAAACCAUCACAUCACAUAAAUGUUUGGAAACAUUUUAGUUGAAAAAUCGUAAGACUGACAAAUGAAGAUUUUGCCUUAGAAUUAAAUUUUACAUUUUUCGCAAGAUUACUAAUCAAAGAGAUAUCGCAACUAUUUUGCUACCUCAGUUAUAUUAUUAUAGAGAAAGAGAGAGAGAAAGAGAGAGAGAGAAAUUGGAGAUUAUUAUGUUAUAACAUAAAAAAUAUUUUAUAAAAUUGAAGAGAACAUUUUCUGUUAAUAUAUACAUAACCACAUUGU